AUGGCUUUUCCAACUCUCUAUUUGAUUUCCACCAAGUUUGUCAUUUUGUUGUGUUUCCUUAGCUUAUUGCUGGUUUCUUGUACCUCUAGGUUACUAGGUAAUGAAACAGACAAAGUUUCACUUCUUGAAUUCAAGAAAAUGAUCAAAGAUGAUCCAUUUGGCGUCAUGGCCUCGUGGAAUGAAACCAUCCAUUUUUGUGAAUGGUUUGGUGUUUCUUGCUCCCGUCGCCACCAGAGAGUCACAUCCAUAAACCUCAAGUCUCUUAAGCUUGUGGGAUCAAUGCCUUCACACAUUGGAAACAUAAGCUUUCUUAGGGUUCUGGCCCUCCAAAACAAUAGUUUCUCAGGUGAAAUCCCGCCAGAGAUAAAAAAAUUGCAUAGGAUGCAAAUUUUGUAUUUGAACAAUAACUCUUUCAGUGGAGUUGUACCAUCAAACAUUUCUGCUUGCCAAAGCUUGAAUGAGGCAAAUUUCGCACACAACAAUCUCACAGGCAACAUUCCAUCAGACCUCGGCACCUUAACAAAUCUUCAAAGUAUUCAUUUUUCUCGCAACAACUUUUUCGGUAAAAUCCCUCGUUCUCUUGGAAAUCUUUCGUUGCUGUAUGACAUAGUUUUCUCCAUCAACAACUUGUCAGGGGAAAUACCCAACUCUCUAUGUAGAUUACCAAGACUACAAUACUUUGCGUUUGCUGAAAACAAUUUGAUUGGCACUAUACCCCCGUCUCUAUUCAACCAUUCAUCCAUGUUGGUUAUUGAUGUGUCUGGAAAUCAAUUAGGGGGGACUUUGAACCCUAACCUUUUUGUCACUCUUCCCCACCUUUUCUUUUUUUCUAUUUCUGGGAACAAUUUCAUUGGAAGUAUUCCUAUCACAUUAUCAAAUGCAACAAACAUGCAGAUUUUCAGUGCUAAUGUAAACAAUUUGACAGGAAAAGUUCCUAACCUUGGAAAGUUGCAAAAACUAAGGAACUUCUUAGCUGGAUGUAAUAAUCUUGGGGAAGGGAAUGUUUUUGACUUGAACUUCCUAUCUUCAUUGACCAAUGCAACCAGCUUAGAGUGGUUGAACCUUGGAGAGAAUAAUUUUGGAGGUUUCUUGCCUACAUCAAUCACUAAUCUUUCAAGAAACCUUAGAUAUUUCACCAUUCACGCCAAUCAGGUUUCUGGAAACAUCCCAAGGGGGAUUUCUAAUCUCAUCAGCUUGCAAACAUUAGGAUUGUAUAACAACAAAAUCAGUGGACAAAUUCCACCUGAGAUUGGGUUUCUUAGUAAUCUAAGAAUAUUGUUUUUAUAUGGAAACAAUAUUAUUGGAAAAAUUCCAUCUUCAUUAGGAAAUCUUACACUUCUGUUAAAGCUUGAUAUUGGUGAAAACUACCUCCAUGAUAAAAUUCCUGUGAGUCUCGGGAAAUGUCAAAACCUAGAGUCGUUAAGUCUUGCUCACAACAACCUUAGUGGGUACAUCCCUAAGGAAGUUCUUAAGCUCUCAUCCUUGUCAUUGUAUUUGGGUCUCUCUUACAAUCAAUUCAUAGGUUCCAUUCCAAAAGAGAUUGGAUUUUUGAUAAAUCUAGGCAUUUUGGAUAUGUCUUAUAAUUCAUUGUUUGGCCCUAUUCCCCCUGAGCUUGGUAGUUGCAUUUACUUGGAAGCCUUGAAUCUAAUGAAUAACAAUCUUGAAGGCUCAAUUCCAUCAACUUUGGAAAAUCUGAGGGGUAUGCAAUUCUUACAACUUUCUCACAACCAUUUGACAGGUCAAAUCCCAGCUUUCUUUAAUGACUUUAGGUUUUUAGAGAAUUUGAAUCUUUCAUACAAUGAUUUUGAAGGAGCAGUACCUACAAUAGGAAUCUUCAACAACACAAACUCUGUUACUAUUGUAGCAAAUAGAAAACUCUGUGGGGGCAUACCUCAGCUGAACCUCCCUGGAUGCAACACUACAAAGUCCAAAAAGAAGAAUUCAAAAGGUUAUUUGAAAAUAGUAAUUCCUCUGAUUCUUGGGAUUGUUGGGCUAACUGUUGUAGUGUUUAUUCUCUGUCUUAGAUGGUUAAAAAGACAAAGAAAAGGACCCUUCCCUAAUUUGAUAGAAGACCCAAUCUUAAGAGUGUCAUAUCAUUCCCUCCUCAAGUCCACUAAUGGGUUCUCUCGAGAAAAUUUACUUGGUGUUGGUGGUUUUGGAGCUGUAUAUAGAGGAUGUUUUGAUCAUGAUGGAACUACUUUUGCAGUCAAGGUAAUUGAUCUUUUGCGUCAUGGAGCUUCCAGAAGUUUUGUAGCUGAGUGUGAGAUAUUGAAAAACACCAGACACCGUAAUCUUGUCAAGGUGCUAACUGCUUGCUCGGGGUUUGAUCUUCAAGGAAAUGAUUUCAUGGCAUUAGUUUACGAGUACAUGGAUAAUGGGAACCUUGAGAACUGGUUGCAUUUUAGUUCCCAAGAUACUUCCGAGAUUGAAGAGAAUAGGAGGUUAAGUUUUUCUCAAAAGUUAAACAUUCUCAUUGAUGUGGCCAACUCUUUGGAUUAUCUUCAUAACCAUUGUGAACCUGCAAUAAUCCAUUGUGAUCUCAAGCCAAGCAAUAUUCUCCUCGAUGAAAGCAUGACAGCACAUGUAAGUGAUUUUGGAUUAGCAAGAUUUGUGCAACAAAAGAUUCAAUGUUUUUCAGAAAAUCACAGUUCCAAUGGAGGAGUACGAGGAACUGUUGGUUAUGCACCACCGGAAUAUGGCUUUGGAAGUAGGCCAUCAAAAGCAGGUGAUGUAUAUAGCUUAGGCAUACUAAUCUUAGAAAUGCUUGCUGGGAGGAGACCAACAGAUGAAUUGUUCAAAGAUGGCUUAAACCUUCAUGGCUAUGCUAAAGUUGCUUUACCAGACAGAGGAAUGGAGAUUGUAGAUCCAAAAAUUGUUCAAGAAAGAGAUGACAACUUUCAAAUGUGCUUAGUUUCAAUGAUCACAAUAGGGGUUGCUUGUUCUGUGGAAUCUCCGGCGGAUAGAAUGAACAUUCAUGAUGUUGUGAGUGAAUUAAAUAAAGCAAAGAAAUCCUUAGCUUGUAAGGAUUACUAG